GCUUCCGGUGCUGUGACCCGCGGGGUAAACAUGGCUGCUGUUUCCGGUGUCUCUUUCAGGAAGUAAGAGCCUGGACUGUUAUGGAGGAUGAUGGAAAACUCCACAGUAAAUAAGAGCCACCCCUCACUGGCCUGUCAGAACGAGUGGUCUGUCGCCUCUCCUCCGGGUCCCAUCCUCAACUCUCUGUCUGGCUCCCAGCACCUCAGCCUGGGCUCGGGAACCUUCCACAGAUCCUCCUAUGAUCACCUGCAGCCGCCCUCUCAUGGCGGCCUGUUCGCUCCUGCGACAUUCACGUACAAAAGCACUCAUGUGGACUCCUCCAACUCCUUAUUCGCCAGCUCGGUUCUGCCGAGUGCGUCGCACCUCAUGAGUUUCCCUCCCCAGAACCCACUGUUUCACCCGACAGACAAACAUGUGGCCUCUCACUCGUCCUCCCCCCACCAUUCGCUUGCGUCCUUGCACGACCCCUUCAAGUGUUCUUACCCCAUCCUGGAUCAGGGACUUCAGGGCCUCCCCGUGAAUAUGCAGUCAUGUGACCCACAGCUGAACCAGGCGGCUCAGGGUGCGUCUCACCCUGUUUUUGAGGGUGCCACCAUGGAGGCCAGUGGUGUCUCAGGGUACUCCCACAGUAAUACUCCAGCUCAUGAGCAGCAGCAGUGGAUCCCUCCAGCUGGAUACAAGGGAACUGUUGCAGACCCCUUGACUGAUGCAGCUGCAUCUGCAGCCAUCAAAGAAGAACUACAGGACGGCAACAGCCCACUGCAGACGGCUAAAGACAACGCAAAUCCCUCGACUGGUUUACAACAGUGUGCGAUGCUGGUACAAGACCUGGAAGACUGGGACACGGUGAAGGUGAAACAGGAAUAUUCCUCAGCCGAGUCUGAGGACAGUGAAACUGAGCCUGACUUCUCACCAAGCAGUGCCGAAGACCUGUCCGAUUUCCUGACUGACACCGAGGCAGAAUUCUCUGAUUAUUCCAAUCACAGUGGUUUCUCAUCCCAAGAGGAGGAGACCCCAGGAACGUCUGCUCUGGAGGUCGUACGGGUCAAACCCGCUGUAAAGUCCAGCUCCAAGAAGAGCAAAAGUGAUGCGUACAUGAACGAACAGUCCUCGGACGUCAUCAUGCCUGUGACCGGCUCCAAAGAGCAGCGCGUCUAUGACCGGAGGAACUACUGCCUGUUCUGCUCCAAGCCCAUGUCCAAAAUGUACCGACACCUUCAGUCCAUCCACUUUGACAAGCCUGAGGUCGCAGCGGCCUUUCAGUACCCCAAACACUCCAAAGAGAGACAGAAGGUUUUGUACAGGCUGAUCAACCAAGGGAACUUUGCUCACAAUAAGGAGGUUUUGAAAUCCGGCAAGGGACAGCUCGCUGUCCGGAAAAGGCCAAGGAUUCCCGCACCGGCCGAGGACUUCCUUCACUGUCUUCACUGUCGGGGUCUUUUUCUGAAGAAGUCUCUGAGCAGACACAUGAAGCAGUGCCCGGAGAAGAACGACAAGGACUCCAGGGUCGGGAGGAAGCGAAUCGCUUCCCGCUGCGUCCUUGAGGUCUUGGACAACGUCAGUCUGAGCGAAGGGUUCAAGGGUAUUCUGUCGCAGAUGAUCUACGACGACGUGACCCGGACCGUGUUGAACGACAAGAUCAUCCUACAGUUCGGUGAGCAGCUGUUCAACCAGCAUGGAACUGACGUGAAGCGACACGAUUACAUCCGACAGAACCUCCGCCAGUUAGCAAGGCUGGUGAUCCAAGCCAAGAAGGCGACUCCUCUGAGGAAGCUGGAGGAUUUCUUUCUCCCGUCGAGCUUCCAAUUUGUUGUGGCAGCGGUGAACGUCCUGGCAGGCUACGACCCAGUCAAGCAGACGUACAGCAUUCCGUCACUCGCCAUCAAGCUCGGCUACCACCUGCAGAAGGCUUGUAACAUUGUGGAAGUGAAUGCAGAGAAGAGGGGAAAGCAGAGCCUUGCCGAGUCGGCGCGCAAGUUCCUCGCUGAAUACCAGAAGAACUGGAACCGGCAGAUCUCCUCAGGGGCAUUGACGACUCUGAGAGAAACCAAGCUGUGUACUGACAAGAAAGUUCCGUUUGCUCAAGAUGUGAAACGUCUGAACGUUCACAUGGAGAACAUUCACACUCACGCUGACAAGAAGCUGAGAGACUGCCCCACCGUUGAGAACUACGCCGCCCUGGCCAAGGUCGUCCUCGCCCGAAUCAUUUUGUUCAACAGAAGAAAAGCUGGCGAGGUCUCUCAGAUGCCCGUGAAGGCCUUCAUGUCCUGGAAGAAGCCGAACCCUCACGAACACCUGGACAUUUACGUCUCUGACCUGGAGCGCCGCAUGUGCGAGUGUCUGGACCGGGUGGAGAUUCGUGGACGUUGUGGCCGAAUGGUCCCUGUCCUUCUGAAGCCGUCUUACCUCGCUUCCCUGGAGCUCCUGGUGCAGGUCCGCAGCACAUGCGGAAUCCCGAAUGAAAACCCGUUCCUGUUCGCCCGGCCCACGGCGUUGUCGGCCUACAACGGCUCCGCCUGCAUCCAGAAGUUUGUCAAGGACUGUGGUGCUGAUAAUCCGGAGGCGCUUUCGUCCACUAAGAUCCGGAAACAUUUUGCAACACUGCUGUUGAUGAUGAACCUGGAUGGGUCGGAAGCGAGCCGCAUACUGGGCCCCAACACUCAAGUGGUGGGGCAGGAAGGCAUCGGGCUGACGGACGACCAAGUGGCUUUAAAUGGAGCUCUGCAGCACCCGGGACCGUCCCAGUCGUCGUCCUGGGGCGGGCACUCUGCGGCAAACUACGGCGACUUGGAUUUCUACCUCCAGGAAGGCCUGGGCGCGCCAGUGUUGCCCAGCAGAAGUGCGGAGAAGAGCAAGAAAGGGUCCAAGUUCAAGGGGAAGAAGAAGUGGGAUGAGAUGGAGGUGUGUGCCGUGGAGAGACACAUGAUGCGCUUCAUCCACACGCACAAGGUCCCUCAGAAGAAUGACUGCAUCCAGUGUCUGGAGGCGGAGCCACAAGCCCUGAGGACCCGGUCCUGGAGAGGGGUGAAGGACUACGUUAGGAACAGAAUCACGGCUCUCAAGAGACAGGGCGGAACUCCUCAGCCCCCCACGGCGAACUGGUCUGGACACGCGGAGCAGCCGGGCGCCGCACAGUAUCAGCCCUUCUAGACAAGGUUUUUUAUUUUUAUUUUCUGAAGAUAGUCGCACUACUUUAGUCUCCCCGUACGUUUAUUCCGAACAUUCAGGAGCAAUAACCAGAGCUGUCCUGUUGGCAAACCGUGUGGCGCACCGUUCCUUUAUCUUGUGUUUUUAAAGCUGCGAGCUGCCGAGGGAGGUCAUGUCAUGUUCUCGUCCUCUGUGUGAGCUCCUGCUUCAGCUGCCAAUUUGUCCAUCAUGGAGGUUUGACAUCCUAUUGAUUUUUUUUUCACCAGUUCUUGUCACUGGUUUCGUGAGUCAAACCCAUGGUAUGUUUUUGGCCUUCCUGUUUGAAGCUGACCAGGUGAGACCUGGUCAGUGGGUCUCUCCUCACCACUUCACAGGUCUGUGGAGGGCCAGGACCUCCACUGGCCCCUGGUCUGAAGUUUCUUCAUGCUCACAGUGAAACCUUUGAUUGCAGUGUUUGUUUUCAUCUGCUCAGAAACACCCCAAGCCAUGACCCCCGUCUGCUCUGAGCCCAUACUGACAUGGGACAACCACACCAACUACACUCUUGUCGUCUGUUGCCUCCUUCCUCAAGUUGUGUUUCGGGUUGCAGAUGUUUCAGCAGAACAAAGGAGCUCGGUUCGGUCGUGAGAGGAAAGACGUAUAACGUAGGUAUUGUUGGUCAUUUAUUAUGAUAUGACUUCCCCUGUAGGAUCCCUGGCACUUCCUUUUAGUUUUCUAACGACAUGUAUCUUACUAGUAUUACUGCCGCGGAGCACGCGCGCUGACAUGAUGUACUGAGAACAGUUUUGAAAGAUGUGAAAUGUAUGUGGUCCAGUAAACUUGCUAUAACCCCA